ACUUGUGAAUCGACUCCCCUGCGGUAAUCAGCCAGCCUUCGAGUUCCAUGUCUCACUGAUCGGAACUUCCCCAGCCACCGCGUUGUAUGAGGGGGUGGCGCCAGGCCCCGCUGAAGCCACCGUGGUGUCCGGCCAUGGCCUCGCUGCUCCUGGGCGCGGUGCUGCUGCUGACCCAACUGCCCCUUGUGCCUUGCAAGCCCACGGAGCCCGGUUCCGAGCUCCCGAAGACCCCCCGCAAUGGCUCCCAUCCCUCCUCCUCAGGAGGGGCACAGCACCUACCCCAGACCAUCAUCAUCGGGGUGCGCAAAGGUGGCACGCGCGCCCUGCUGGAGAUGCUCAGCCUGCACCCGGACGUGGCAGCCGCGGACAACGAGGUGCACUUCUUCGACUGGGAGGAGCAUUACCGCCAGGGCCUGGGCUGGUACCGCAGCCAGAUGCCCUUCUCUGCCCCCCACCAGCUGACCGUGGAGAAGACCCCCGCCUAUUUCACAUCACCCCAAGUGCCUGAGCGCGUGUACCGCAUGAACCCCAACAUCCGCCUGCUGCUCAUCCUGCGGGACCCGGCGGAGCGCGUGCUGUCCGACUACACGCAGGUGUAUUACAACCACCUGCAGAAGCGCAAGCCCUACCCGCCCAUCCAGCAGGUGCUCCUGCGCGAAGGCCGCCUCAACCCGGACUACAAGGCGCUCAACCGCAGCCUGUACCACCUGCACCUGCAGAGGUGGCUACGCUUCUUCCCGCUGCCACACCUGCACCUGGUGGAUGGAGAUCGUCUCAUCAGAGACCCCUUCCCCGAAAUCCAGAAAGUCGAGCGCUUCCUGCAGCUCUCCCCGCAGAUCAACGCUUCCAACUUCUACUUCAACAAAACCAAGGGCUUCUACUGCCUGAGGGACGGAGGCCGGGACCGCUGUCUGCAUGAGUCCAAAGGCCGGGCCCACCCCCAGGUGGACGCCAGACUCCUGCACAGACUGCACGAGUAUUUCCACGAGCCUAAUAAGAAAUUCUUCGAGCUGGUGGGCAGGACAUUUGACUGGCACUGAGGUGUUGGGGAGGGACUAUUAAUCUUGUAAGUUCCUGUGUAUAGCUAAGGGGCAGGGGAACGAAAGAAAAAAAAAUCUUUUUUUUUUUUUUAAAGCACUUAAGCUAUAAUUUAUUUCUUAAAAAAGAAAUCCAUAAAUGACUUCUGUACAGUAUUACAGUAUUAGAUUCACAAUGGCCAUAUAUACUAGUUCUAUUUUUCUACUUGUUAAACGGAGGGCAUUUUGUAUUGUUUUACAUGGUUGUUAACAUUGUGUAAUACGAUAUCUCUAUAUGAAGGAACUAAAAUAUUUCACUUGCGGCAAAACAAAAAGAAGACGUGAUGGAGAUGCCGUCUUUUUUAAAAAUAUAAUUAAUUUGCCCCGA